AUGUAUCCACGUGAUUCAGAAGCAUCUUUUACUGCUACGACAUGCUUGAUGUCUAAGAAAAAAAUAAGAAACAAGAAAAUGGAAUUUGAAAAUUCCAACGAAGCAAAAGCAAGCAAACAGCGCUUAAGAAAUUCUUUAGCUUUCAACAACAAGUGCCUUCAAACCCUGAGGAUUUUGGCACUUUUUCUAAAUCCCUUCUGGAUUUUCCACGAAGGUAUCGUGAUCCCGUUUGAUUCAAUUAAUCGACAACUAGAAAAUGCUACUGAGCAACUGCUACUCUCAACCCAGAUUAACUUUAAUCUUGACCUCGCUUUGUUAAUCUAA